UAGGCACUGGAAUUCGCCAGCAUGCAUUUCUUACACAGCUAGACUAGUAGCUCUAGCUUUCUGGAACACACGUACGAACACUGGUCGUCUUCACCAUGGAGGGCACCUCAAGAAGCCGCCGGCUCUCGUGCUGCCUCCUCCUGGCGGCGGUGUGCGCCGUCGUCCUACUAGUGCCGGCGGCGGCCGCGCCUCGGCGGCUGCUGCAGACGUGCCCGGGGCAGGACUUCGACGUGCCCCACGCGCACCUCCGCGCGCGGAACAACGUGAGGCCGCUCAAGUACACGGAGGAGAUCUCCGCGCGGGCGCUGCAGUGGGCGCUGCAGUUCAAGGGCAACUGCGCGGCCGCCGCGCCCGCCGCCGGCAUCAACGUCUUCCUCGGCGGCGCCGGCGCGACAUGGCUGCCCAGCGACGCCGUCGCCGCGUGGGCCGAGGAGGAGGAGCACUACGACUACGGCGCCAACUCCUGCUCCACGGGCAAGGCGUGCGGCCGCUACACGCAGAUGGUGUGGAGGAACAGCAAGGAGUUCGGAUGCGCCGUCGUCGACUGCGACUCCGGGGAGACGCUCAUGGCGUGCCACUACGAGCCGCAGGGCAACGUCAUGGGACAGAAGCCGUUCUGAUGGCCGGCCGCCGGCCGUCAUUGGAGCACCGGGAGCUACCAUAUAUACCGGCAAUGCGUCCAGUCGUCCAAGGCGCCAGUAUACCAUCGUUUCUAAUCAUGUUUUUCGCUCUGUCUUGCAUUUCUUCUCAUACUACAUACCCAAAGUAGCUAAUUAUUUGCUGGGAGUUCAGUUAUUAUUAGAGAUUAUAUGUAUGCCAUGAGAGUGACGAGCAUAUAGGUUUGUCCUCGUUUGUUUUGUUCAUGGCACAAUCAAAUAUGUCUCCUCCUAUAACAACUACUUUUGAAUUCGUUAUUAUUAUUAUUACUGCUGAA